CAAACAAACGCCAUCAUGUCAGAAAAAAAGAUGUCCUCAAGUCGCAAGCAUAGUCUGAAGAGUUUGAUGCUCGCCAUCGCCAAGGGUUUACUGGAAGAAGAGGCGAAGGAGCAGGAGGAAUGGAGGAAGAGGUACAUGGAGGAGACCUGCCCUUCUCUGUCUCUGCCCAGAACCAUGCAGGAGCUGCAGGAGCUCUGCAAAGAGAUUCACCAUAAGAUUGAUAGGAUAGAUGAGGAGAGAUAUGACCUGGAGAGCAAAGUCAACAAAAGUGCCAAGGAGAUUGAAGACAUGCACAUCAAGGUGCAGGACCUGAAGGGGAAAUUCAAGAAGCCAGCUCUGAGGAAAGUGAGGAUGUCAGCUGAUGCCAUGCUCAAGGCUCUGCUGGGCUCCAAACACACCGUGAACAUGGAUCUGAGGGCUAACCUGAAACAAGUGAAGAAGGAGGUCAAGGAGGAGGACAAAGAAGCUGUUGGCGACUGGCGUAAGAACAUUGAGGACAAGGCUGACAGGAAGAAGAUGUUUGAGACAUCCUAGACGCUGAGCUGGAGGUCAAGGAGCAGGACACAUAAGUGAGUGACGUUGGCUACUGCAGAACAAGGACAAGUCAAUCAUGGAUUGCAGAAAGAAGAUGCUUAUUGCAACCAUCUUUAUGUCCCCAUUGAAUGCAUCUCUACCUUUAUUAACCAGUCCUUAAAUGAAUGACCACUGAACAACUGUUAUCAACAACUGUGUAUUUCUGUAAAACAACAAAGAUAGAUUUUAUUGGGUGUGAACUCAUUAGCAACAAAAACUUGCUUUAAUAAAUUGCUUU